AUGAAGAAUUCGACAAAAGACUCUGCAGAAAUCUAUGUGAACUGCCAGAAAGAUCAAACCCCUGCAAAAGAAGUUGCCCUUUUCUCAGAGAAGAGGCACCAGCCCGCAUACGAAGGCACUGUGUCCAAGAACUCCAUGCAGGAGUACUUGGCGCACUUUAAUGGCACCUCUGAAGCACUUAACAGCUGCAUAAAGACGCAGUCGGACCUGAACAACAACGACUCUGUUCCUCUAAUGAUCUCUGAGGAAAAGGGAGUGUUUGAGAUGGGCCAUCCCAAGCGCCUGGAAACACCAGCUCACAGUGGAGCCAAGCAUAUGCCUUCUUUCGCAGAGUCAAGUGACCACGCUUCCUAUGAAAUACUUGUGGAAGAAGCCCCGAAAAAAGUGCAUUUUCUCUCAUCGAACGCCGUGGACUUCUAUAAUGAGCCUCGCCAGUAUAGUAGGACCAGGCCGAAAAUACACAGCGUCCACAGCGAAGAAGGAGACUACUGCUGUAUUUUUCGCCUAAGAAUAGCCCGGUACCUUUACAACGACUUCUUUAGAUUUUGCGACAUUUCCGAUUUCAUAUACUUAUUUUCUAGUAUUGUCUUUCUUUUUCUUUUAACCGGGUGCUUAUACCUGCUCACCACGACUGUUAGAAAUGCCAGUCUCAUAUAA